CGCGCCCACUCCCGCCGCAUCGUGCCCACCCCCACCCCCCGUGCUCUUCCUCGCAUCCCAGGAUGAAUCGUCCUCCUCGCGCGCUGGGGAGGCCGGCGGAGCAAGCGGCGGCGCAGGCGAGGAGCCGAUCUGCUCCCGGGUGGGCUCUUCUGCAAGGAGGAGAGCGCGCCGCCGCGAGGGUUUCGCCUGACCAACGGCGCCCAAGUGCUCGCAGGAACGGGCGCAGCGCCUGCUGAAUCGCGGAACCGAACUGCAGGGCGGUCGGGACUUGCACCGGCACCUGGGAAAGGGGCGGCUCCCUCCGGCUGCGACCUCGGGGAUACUUUUCAAGCGACUCAGUGGGUGCCCGUCGGGUUUUGGAGCGCCCUCUUUCCCAGGACGAGCGGGGAGGCUGGAGUUUGGGAGACAGCACGUGAAAAAGAAGACAUUUCUCUCCAUCGCCACCCCCCACCUCGGGAUCCUGUGAGAAAUAAGACUUAUGGCGCUUCUGGACUUCGGGAUGAGAAGCGCCGGAUCCUAAAAGGAGCUCGUCGGGGCCUCUGUAAAGUAGCAGUUUGAAGCUGCCCCCCCCUUCAGAAGCCUGAUGCUGCUACUGCCUGUCGCUUGGCUCUGCUGUGAAGGGAAUGCAGCUGUGCUCCAGGCACAGCUGGAGCCCCUCUGUGCCAGGAAAACACCCCCCUGGUAGUUGGAUUGUGUGAAAGUCUGGAUUUAGGGGGCGGAGAGGGGGCACCACCCUCUUUGGCCCAUCUGCUGGCCCAUCUGGGAAAACCUCUAUAAGGAUGCUGGCCGGAUGGAGAGAGCUGUCUACAGGGAUAAGUGCUACACUUUGUUGCCUCCUCUUCUUCUGGCUCCUGUAUUCUCAUCCACCCAAGGAAGGGCUUUUGAAAGUGCGCAAGACCAGGAAUGCCUCCAUUGCAAAAGAGGAAAGGAGCUGGAGGUGGGGACGUGUGAAAUCACAGCAUUGGACAGAGAUAUGAGCCAUCCCAAGAGGAUGAUCGCCAGGCAGACAGCGCGGUGUGCUUGUCGGAGGGGUCAAGUGGCUGGAACAACGAAAGCAAAACCUGCAUGUGUGGAUGCCCAGAUCAUUGUCAACAAACAGUGGUGCGGAAUGGAGCCUUGCGAUGAUGGGGAGCAGUGCACUUUGUUAAUAAACCGUUCAGGCUGGAGCUGCACUCGGCAACUGGGGCGAAUAAAAACAGUCACGGUCUCCUGACAGCCAUGGUGCACCUGCCCAUGAGAGCAGCUUCUCUACUUCCUGCACACUGAUGCAGCAGUUCAGCGAUCAAAUCAUCUUGGGGGAAGGGGAGCGACCAGCUUCUUCAACAUGGAUUCAUCCCCAUGAAUUGGGGCCCAUGCCAACUGUAUUUCCUCUUGUGCCUGAACAUGGAACACAAAGGCUACCAACAGAGUAUAUUGGGGUUGUACCUGUGAGAUUUCCUCCACUUUUUUUCUUUCCCUUUCUUCCCCAUAGCAAAUAUAACUAUUUCUGGCUUAUUUUGUGGGUUUCUAAAUAUGAAAUGCAGUUUUCCCUAGAUUUCUCCCCCCUCGAAAUGACAACAGAGGAUUUGUGCCACUUGGUACUCAAGAUUUCUACAGGCCUCUUGGAUUUGGGGAAUGGCUGCCUCCUUCAGACAUAUGGCUGUGACAGACUGAGGCAGUUGCUAAGAGUCUGGGAUGUUCUCCAGUUGCUGUGAAGAAAAUGUUCUCUUUUUCCCUGUGCCUCUUCCUUUCACUUGUUCGUUCUCUCCCCCUCCCUCCCCCAAAUCCAAUGGAGAUGAGGAGAUGGGGGGGGGAAUGCUACGCGUCAUGGCUGCCACUCCUGAGUGGCCUUCUCUGCCUACAUAGGGGAGGAAGUUCACCAAAGGCAUGGGGCAUACGGAAGAAAGAAAGAAAGAAAGAAAGAAAGAAAGAAAGAAAGAAAGAAAGAAAGAAAGAAAGAAAGAAAAGGUCCUUGUGAAAUGACAGGGUAAUUAACCCAGACAGAAAAACAAAUGUGUGUAUUUAAUGAGCUUUCCUCUUCCUUUUGUGUUUACAGCUUCUUAUUUAUCUCCAUUUACUCAUGGCACCUGCCCAAACAUUGCCCUUCACCACUAAAUGGGAGCAAGCUCAAAAUCUGAGCAAAAUUGAUUUAAUAUGAUUAGCUACAUGCCAUUGUUCAUGCAUUCUGACUGGAAAAAAAUAUUCAUUCAUGACUGGUUUUAGAAAAGCAUAAAACUCCCAUCCAAUUU